AUCCUCAGCGGACACUGACGUGUUCCUCUAGCAGCAUAACAAAGUCUUCCUCUUUUUAUCCCCUUUUCCUCCACUCUCUUUCUCUCUCCGUCCAUUCCUGUCUUCCCCGUCCCCUUUCUCUCCACAUCGCAGUUUACCCUCUUUAUGCACCUGCUUCUCACCACUGCCCGACUAGACACCGACUCAACCAGCAUCUAGCCCCGGGAAUGAUACCCUUUCUCCCGGACUACGGUUACAGCCGCCAGUGGAUAGGUCUGCGUUUUGGUCUGUUUAAAAGCUAUUUGCGGUUUAUCGGAAAGGUGGGCUGAAGGCGUGUUAAGAGGGAUUACCUGUUGUUUUUAAGGGGUUCGUUUCGUCGCUCUGUCGUUCGAGGGAUAUGAUCCUCUCCACUGAGGAGACUCAGCAAACGGUCCCGACGGGACGCGGACGUGUCUAUGUUUUCAUAACCCUACACGGGAUGAAUUUUGAGAUUUAUGACAGUUUAUCGGAGAUAGCAAGAAACCAAGUCCUCAUGUCUAAAAAUCGGUCUUAUGUGGUCAUUAAAAUUGCUUUGGGGAGUGCAAAUUGUCGCUGUAGGUUCGUGGAAUGCUUGGGUGUGAUGGAGUGAGUGAGGUAAAGUGAGUGCACGUCUCAGAUGUUUAUCCCCUAACUUCGGCAAGAUGAAAUCGCUCUUCUACAGCCGCUUCUUCAUCCUCCUGCCCUGGGUCCUCAUCGUCAUCAUCAUGAUCCAUAUUGACACGAGGACGUCCGUCCGAAGUCCAGCCCUGGGUCGCGGCGGGGGAGCACAGAGGAAAGACAGAACCAGCCCACCCCGGGCGAACCGCUCCGCUCUCCCGGUAAUCUACGCCAUCACCCCGACCUAUAACCGGCCAGUCCAGAAAGCUGAACUUACCCGGCUCGCUAACACCUUCCGCCAGGUUCCUCGCUUCCACUGGAUAGUAGUGGAGGACUCGAGUGUGCGCACGGAGCUGGUGGCGCGCUUUCUCGCCCGCUCGGGGAUGCAGUACACACACCUGAACAUCUUUACGCCCCGCCGGUUCAAACGGACCGGGAUGCCCCGUGCUACUGAGCAGAGGAACACGGCUCUGUCGUGGCUGCGGUCGCAUCGCUCCAGGAAGGAUGUUGGGGUAGUAUUCUUCGCAGACGAUGACAACACAUACAGCCUGGAACUGUUUGAAGAGAUGCGUUCGACGCGGGGUGUGUCAGUGUGGCCGGUGGGGCUGGUCAGUGGGCGGAGGUACGAGCGCCCCAUAGUGGAGAAGGGCAAAGUGGUGGGCUGGUACACUGGCUGGAGGCCCGACCGCCCCUUCGCCAUUGACAUGGCAGGUUUUGCAGUGAACCUCCAAGUGGUCCUGGGGAGCCCACGGGCGUUGUUCAAGCGUAGGGGUUCCCAGCCUGGCAUGCAGGAGUCUGACUUCCUGAAACAGAUCACCAAGGUGGGAGACCUGGAGCCCAAAGCCAACAACUGCACUACGGUGUUGGUGUGGCACACUCGUACAGAGAAGGUGAAUCUGGGAAACGAGCCCAAACAUCGACAGGACAGUGUGGUCAUCGAGGUCUAAGGGGCGGGAUAACCAAGGAGGAAUAAGCAAGCCCAUUGGUCGGACAGACUGCCUGUAAUUUCUUGAACUACACUACUGACAGCACCUUGCUUGACCAUAACUUUGACAUGGAUUACACUAUGACAGACAAGACUUUGGACCAAUUGCAUGGAUGGGAACUGCUGCCUGAAUGUUGUGAUUGGCUCAAUGAGAUCCCGGACCUCAAUGUGGACCAUAAUGCACUGGGGUGACCUGUGCUUUCCCAGUGGACUUUGCUCUUGUACUGCAAUAUGUGGCCCAGUCCCUUAUGAAGUGACUUCCUCUGAAGUAUGUGGACUAAGCAAGACUGUCUGUCUGUCUAUGUGUGUAUGCAUGUGUGUAACUGAUCAGUGAGUAUGUAAGGAGUAUGAAACUGAACAAUAUUUGUGUAUGUCUGUUAAGACAUACCAACAAGAACAUCGGCCUUGAGUAGUAGAUCACCUGCUGGGUGUCGACUAACAGUGGCCAUUCGACAUGUACAAUCGUCGGGAAAUGA